UUCCUUCUCACGUCCAUGACAUUGAUAACAUACUGAGCACGCCGAUACAAACUGCCUUUAAGAUGACGAUAGAAGAAACCUCCCAGUCGUCCUCUGUCAAUGCCCAAGAUGCCUGUAAACUCCUAGACGAAAUGUCCGAAAGCAUGGCAUCCACGCGAAAAGCCAUACAAUCCCUUCGUUCCAAACUUUCAGAAAGUCUAGACACCAAAGACGGGAUAUCUCUUCUCUCAUUAAAACAUCACGUCCUCCUCUCGUAUCUGCACUCCUUGGUUCUCCUCUCUUCUCGCCGAGUUUUUGGUGGUGAAGGUGAGGAUGAAGAAAAAGGCAAAAACGGAAUGCAAGAAAGAUCACCGCCUUCUAAAUCGUUUAGCGAUCCUGAACGCGACCAGCGCGGUUCUGGGAUGGGUGACAUGGUGGAUCAAAUGAUUGAGGGACGGUUGGUACUUGAGAAGAUUAAAGCGUUGGAGGGGAGGAUGAAAUAUCAGAUUGAGAAGUUGGUUAGGAUAUCUCAGGAGAAGGGCUCAGAAGGGACGGACAUUGUGAACGACCCACUAGCCUUCCGCCCGAACCCUCAAAACCUCACCACCAAUGACGGUGAUGACGACGACGACGAUGAAGAGGAAAAUCAAGACGCCUCAGCCUCCGAAACCGGCAAGGACAACGUCGCACCAUCCGACGGUAUCUACCGUCCCCCCAAAAUCGCGCCCACACCAUACCUCCCCCAAUCCACCACAACCUCCAAAUCCAAAAAGGAACGACGCACCGGACCCAUCCCAACCUCCCUCACCACCCUCCUCCACGCCUCAUUGGACGGUACAACCCCGCACGCCGAAAGCUCCUCUGGUCUCGGCGGUAACAACCCCUCAUUCAACAUGACAUCUUCCCGAGCUAGAUACCUCAAAGACCUUACUGAAUUUGAAGAAUCACAAUUUGGACGUGUUAUGAUGGGUAAGAGGGAAGCGAAUCGCCGAGCGAGGGAUGAGAGGGAUUUGGCUUUGGGUGGUGGGUUGGCUGGGGUUGGAGAGGAUGGGAAAGGAGGGGGGAGGCGGAGGAGAGGUACGGCUGGUGGGUUUGAAGAUGAGUUUGGGGAUGUUUUGAGGGACGUUGGGAGGGCUUCCAGGCCGGGUGCGGGUGGUGGGGAUGCUUAUGAGGAGUUGAGGAGAAAGGGGAGGAAGGCUGGGGUGCUUGAGAGGAGUAGGGAUGUGCACAGGAAGAGGAAGGUUACUGAGUUUGAAGAUGGAGGAGCCGAGGCGGGAAAACGGAAGCGCAGUCGCUUCGAGUCCGAACGGAAGAAUGUCAAGAACAAAGCGAGUCGGAGUGUAUGA